CUGGGCUGCUGCUUGCUCCGGCCGGGGGUGGAGGGUGAAGGUGUGCAGGGGAAUCAACAGCGAGGCAAAGCUAACCUGCGGCCAGGGCGUGUGAAUAUUCAGAAGGGUUCCGAUUUGUGCUCGUGUGCGAGCAGGAGAGUUAAAGCAUCAUGAUGUCCCAUGUAGAAAACCGCACCAUGACCCAUGUAGAAAAUCGCAGGGUGACCCAGGUAGAAAGCCGCACGACGACCCAGGUAGAAGAAACCUUGCAGUACAAUCACCACAACUAUGAAUACGAGCUGGAGGACUACAUGAUGCAAGAGGAGGACUGGGAUAGAGACCUUCUCCUGGACCCCGCCUGGGAACAGCAGCAGAGAAAGACUUUCACUGCUUGGUGCAAUUCACAUUUACGGAAAGCUGGCACUCAGAUUGAAAAUAUUGAAGACGACUUCAGAAAUGGCCUUAAACUUAUGUUGCUUUUGGAAGUUAUUUCAGGUGAACGACUCUCAAAGCCAGACCAGGGCAAGAUGCGGUUCCAUAAAAUCGCAAAUGUUAACAAAGCUUUGGACUAUAUAGCCAGCAAAGGAGUAAAGCUUGUUUCAAUUGGUGCUGAAGAAAUAGUAGAUGGGAAUGUGAAGAUGACUCUGGGGAUGAUUUGGACUAUCAUCCUCCGUUUUGCAAUUCAGGAUAUAUCUGUAGAGGAAACAUCUGCUAAGGAGGGCCUACUGCUCUGGUGCCAGAGAAAGACUGCUCCAUAUAGGAACGUAAAUGUGCAGAACUUCCAUACAAGCUGGAAAGAUGGCCUUGCUCUCUGUGCGCUCAUCCACAGACAUCGACCUGACCUUAUUGACUACUCCAAGCUACAAAAGGAUGAUGCCCUUUACAACUUGAACCUUGCCUUUGAGAUUGCAGAAAAAGAACUGGAUAUUCCUAAAAUGCUGGAUCCAGAAGAUUUUGUAAAUACAGCAAGACUUGACGAAAGGGCUGUUAUGACUUAUGUUUCCUGUUACUACCAUGCGUUUGCAGGUGCAAGGAAGGCUGAGAUGGCAGCCAACAGAAUUUGCAAGAUACUGGCGGUUAAUCAGGAUAACGAAAAGGCAAUGGGAGAAUAUGAGAAGCUGGCCAGUGAGCUCCUGCAGUGGAUUCAGAGGACCAUCCCCUGGUUGGAAAACCGGACCCCGGAGAAGACGAUGCAGGCCAUGCAGCAGAAGUUGGAGGAUUUCCGAGACUAUCGCCGCCUGCACAAACCUCCCAAAAUCCAAGAGAAAUGCCAGCUAGAAAUCAACUUCAACACAUUGCAGACCAAGCUGAGGAUCAGCAACAGGCCAGCCUACAUGCCUUCUGAGGGCAAGAUGGUUUCAGACAUUGCAGGUGCUUGGCAACGUCUUGAGCAGGUAGAAAAGGGUUAUGAGGAAUGGCUACUGAGUGAAAUAAGAAGACUGGAGCGUCUGGAGCAUCUGGCUGAGAAGUUCAGACAGAAAGCCACGACUCAAGAAGUAUGGUCAUAUGGGAAAGAUCAUGCUUUGAUGCAAAAAGACUAUGAAUCUGUCACUUUGACUGAAGUUCGGGCUUUGCUGAGGAAGCAUGAGGCAUUUGAAAGUGAUCUGGCUGCACACCAGGACCGAGUGGAGCAAAUUGCUGCCAUCGCGCAGGAACUGAAUGAGUUGGAUUAUCACAAUGCUGCUGGAGUAAAUGAACGGUGCCAGAAAAUUUGUGAUAAAUGGGAUGACUUUGGAACUCUCACUCAGAAACGGAGAGAAGCUUUAGAGAGAACUGAAAAAUUACUGGAAACAAUUGAUCAGCUAUUCCUAGAGUUUGCUAAGAGGGCUUCCCCCUUUAACAACUGGAUGGAAGGAGCAAUGGAAGAUCUACAAGACAUGUUUAUUGUUCAUAGCAUUGAGGAGAUACAGAAUCUUGUAGCAGCUCAUGAACAAUUUAAGGCCACCCUUCCAGAAGCAGACAGUGAGAGACAAGCCAUUCUGGGAAUCCUUAAUGAAGUACAGAAGAUUACUCAGACCUAUGGCAUCUCAUCCACAAUGUCCAAUCCUUACACCACCAUAACCCGUGAAGAAAUUACCACCAAAUGGGACAAGAUGAAGCAACUGGUUCCUCAGAGAGACUCCUCCCUGCAAGAGGAGGUUGUACGGCAGCAUUCCAACGAGCGUCUCCGUCGGCAGUUUGCCAGCCAGGCUAAUAUAGUUGGACCUUGGAUCCAGCGUAAGAUGGAGGAUAUAGCUCAAAGUUCUAUUGAAAUGAGUGGAACCCUGGAAGAUCAGAUGAACCAACUGAAACAGUAUGAGGAGGUCGUCAUUAACUACAAACCCAAUGUUGACAAACUAGAAGGAGAACAUCAACUUAUUCAAGAGGCCCUCAUCUUUGACAACAAGCACACCAGCUAUACCAUGGAGCACAUCCGAGUUGGCUGGGAGAUGCUGCUCACUACAAUUGCCAGGACUAUCAAUGAGAUCGAGACGCAGAUUCUAACCAGAGAUGCAAAAGGAAUCACCCAGCAACAAAUGAAUGAAUUCCGGUCUUCAUUCAACCACUUUGACAGGGAUGAUUCUGGCAAGCUGCGACCAAAGGAAUUCAGAGCCUGCCUCAUCAGCCUUGGACGUGUUGGAAAUGAUAAACAGAAGAAGAAUGGAGCGAUGGAGCCUGAUGAUCUCAGAGCUUGUCUCAUCUCCAUGGGCUUUGAUCUGGGUGAGGCUGAGUUUGCUCGGAUCAUGAAUUUAAUUGAUCCAAAUAAUACUGGCAAAGUGACUUUCCAGUCCUUCAUCUCUUUCAUGACCCGAGAGACUGCUGACACAGAUACAGCUGAUCAGGUCGUGGCUUCCUUCAGGAUUCUGGCAGGAGAUAAGCCUUACAUUCUUCCUGAGGAAUUGCGUCGAGAACUGCCCUCCAAACAGGCUGAAUACUGCAUUUCCAGCAUGCCACCCUACAGAGGGCCAGGCAGUGUACCAGGAGCCCUGGACUAUGUCUCAUUUUCAACUGCACUGUAUGGCGAAAGCGACCUGUAAUAAAGAAUUUAGACAGUCUUUUCUUUCUUUCCAAAGCCUGAAUAUUUUAGUGAUUGAAAGUGUAGAUCAAUGAAUAACCUUGUGUGCAAUAUUAGAAGUGAAUGUCUAAAAGUGACAUAGUGCUGUGUGUAGCACUAGAAAAAUGAAGUAGGUCAGCCUGGUAUAAGUUGUAUUAAUGUCAUUUUGGGGAAAAUCCAUUGGAAUUUGAUGAAACUGAAUACAUACGUGUGACUGCAAAAUCUGAUGCAUAAAUCAUAUUUUAAAAUUUGAAAAUUUAACCUUCCUGGUAUUAAAACUGACUCAUAGGUGACUUACUUGAUAGAAUUGUUCAUGAAACACACAAAAUUACAUUUCUAAUAAUACUUUUAAAAUAAGUAGUUCAUACUCCUAUUACAGUAUUUCCACGAAAAAGCUGAUUAUUCAUCAUUACUUAAGUACUCUGUGACAGCAAUCAAAAGGUAAAAUUAUGGACCAGUUGUGAGUACAAAAACAUCUGAUUGUUUAGCAGUGGGGAUGUAGCUCAGUGGAAGAGCGCAUGCUCUGCAUGGAUGAGGCCUCGGGUUCAAUCCCUGGCAUCUCCACACUGGUGAUCCUGAAUUACUCUAAAGGGAUGUGGUCUGGGUGCGGGUAGAUGGGACUAAGCAGAAGACCAGGCAGCAUGGAAAGAUGGGCCCAAGGGCCUGUUUAUGUGCUGUGGUUCUCUAUGACUCGAUAACACUGUGCAUACCUUUCUCUUUGCUACCUGCUGCUCACCUCAAUCCUUCAUUCCCAUCAAUCCUUCAAAAAUAAAAAAAAUGCAGAUGCUGGAAACCUUUAGUAAAAACAGAAAAUGCUGGAAACGAUCAGCAGGUCAGGCAGCAUCUGUGGGAAGGGAAACAAAGCUCAUUCUGAAACAUUCACUCUGUUCCUCUUUCCACAGAUGCUGUCUGACCUGCAAAAUGUUUCUAGCAUUUUCUUUCUUGCUUCAGUCCAAUACGUUGGUGAAUCUAUCUGGUUCUAACUUGAAGCUGCUAAGAAUGUUUGGCUGCACAAGGUGGUGUGUAUUCUGUGCUGUAUACUUGCCUUUCCUCUCUGUAAAUUGAUUAAUUUAAUUUGUCUGCUCCCCUUAUCCCUCCUAGGCUUAGGUUCUUAGCCCUUUUCCUUCGUAAUAUUUGAUUGUCAAAUGUAUGGACAUUAAAAACCACAGUGAAAGAUUAUCAACCUGAAAUGUUUCUCCACAGAUACUGCUUUAUCUGCUAAAUAUGUAAACCAGUGUUUUGUCCUAUUUCAAAUUUCCGGCAUCUGAAAUAGUUUGCUUUGUUGGGUUUAGUAUAUUGAGCACCUCGGCAAUAUUUUCACUGGGAUUAAAUAUGACUGUGUGAAAUGAUGUUUGGUCGCCCGUUUUACAUUUUCAUUGGAGUGGAAAUGAAAAUCAGGAGAUAUGUGAAGUACUGACUCGUUAUCAUCUGUUACACACAUUGUAUAAAGAUCUGUCAUUCUUCAAUCAUUAGAAUGAAUUCCCAGUCUCUGAGAUUGUUCUUUUUCAGUAUUGGA